CAUCUCACAGAGUCAGAACAUCAUUAGUAACAACGUGAAACCGAGCCCACCAGGUCUAUAUGUCGGCGCGUUUGUCGCGUCGCUCCACGAGGCCCUUCCUCCGACACGCUCAGCAAACUGGAGAUUGUGUUUUGAAAUAUUCUAACCUGAUAAGUGGAAUUCAAAAUAAAAUUUUUGUCUUAAAUCAAAAAUAAGCUGGAAAAAAUGGAUGGAAUUUUUUUUUUGAAAAAUACGGCACUAAAAUUUUGUGACCAAUUUUUUUUGGAAAACUCUGUAUAAGGAUUUUAAUAUGAGAAAAUAAAGAAAAAAAUGAUUGUAUAUGAACAAUGGUGCCAAGCUACGAUUGUUGUGAUUGUGAUUAGUUACGUUAUGAAGAUUUUGUUAGUUGUGUUGGGAUUAGUGUAAUGAUUGGCGCCAUGUUGUGACGUCACUGUAUCCCAGGGUUGUGAUUGGUCGACAUGGCGGCCUCCAGUUGCGUCAUCAGUUACAUCAUUGUCUUUCCAAGGCCGUGAUUGGUCGACAUGACGACCACCAGCAACAGCAUCAGUUACGUCAUUGUACUAAUCCCUCCUAUGCCGUGAUUGGUGAACAAUGACGAGAGUUUAUCGUUACGUCGUGCCUUACGUCAUCAUCCUGGCCACCAUCAACUUCCACACGCAUAUAAGGGCGGUGUCAUCAGUCGUGGCCCUGGGUGCCAACCUGCUGUGCUCCAGGGUGCCAUCGCUAACCCCCCGCCAGCGCCGCAUCUGCACCAGGGCCCCUGAUGCCAUGGUGGCCCUGAGCGAGGGCUCCAGCACCGGCCUCCGUGAGUGCCGACACCAGUUCCGGCAUCAGCGCUGGAACUGUUCCCUGGCUGGCUCUGGCACCUUCAGUCACGUGGUGCUUGUUGGGAGUCGUGAAGCUGCGUAUGUGUACGCGGUGACCAGCGCAGGGGUGGCGUACAGCGUGACUGCCGCAUGCGCCCGCGGCAACAUCUCCACUUGUGGGUGUGACGACCGCAAGCGGGGCCGCUACAGUGCCUCAGGCUGGAAGUGGGGAGGCUGCAGUGCCGAUAUUAACUACGGCAUCAAGCUAGCGAGGAAGUUCAUGGACGCCCGCGAGGUUGAAGGAGAUGCCAGAGCUCUGAUGAACCUCCAUAACAACAACGCUGGCAGACGGGCUGUGAGGAGCACUCUGAGUACGGAGUGCAAGUGUCAUGGGGUGUCUGGUUCCUGCACCAUGAAGACAUGCUGGAAGACCCUCCCUCCCUUCACCAACAUCGGCAAACUUCUCCUGCAGAAGUACAAGAAGGCCAAGCCCGUCAUCGUCCACAAGAGCCGGAGAAGGUCUCCUCCCUAUCUCAAGCUGCGGAGGACCAAGAGGAGAGUGCGGCGGCCGGGCAAGUCUCACCUGGUGUAUUUACAAAAGAGUCCCAACUACUGUGAGAUGAACCCGAGCACGGGGUCUCUGGGUACGGUAGCCAGACGCUGCAACAGAACCUCCAGAGGUGCUGACGGGUGCGACCUGCUGUGUUGUGGACGGGGAUACAACACGCAACAGUACACUCGCAAGUGGCAGUGUAACUGUAAGUUUUACUGGUGUUGUUACGUUCAGUGCCACACCUGUCAGGAGGACACUGAGGAGUACACCUGCAAGUGACGUCCUGCUGCCUGGAGACUAAUGCAGGUCCUGGUAAAGACUAGUACUGGUUCUGGUGGGGACUAAUGCAAGUCCUGGUGGAGACUAGUGCAGGUCCUGGUGAAGACUAGUGCAGAUCCUGGUGAAAACUAGGAAAGACGAUGCUAGCAACCAAGACAUAUCCUGCUGGAAAUUGGUGAAGAUCUUGCGCGAAGUUAGUUAAAUGCCUGCUAGAAAAUAGUGCUGAUCCUACUAGUCACUUGUAAAAGUCCUACUAGGAACCAACAUAGAAUUUAUCUGAAACCAGUAAAGGAUUUAUCUGAAACCAGCUAAAGAUUUUAACAGUUAAACCUCCUGUUUGAACCUCACUACCAAAAGUUCCAUUCGUACGUAAUCACUGUUGAAGGUCUAUCUUCAUACCUGCAAAGCUCCUGACUAACAACGACAGAUAAUGAAGUUCAUUACGACUUCUGAAGUUCAUACAUUGUGUUUGUUACAGCUCCUGCUUGCAACUUCUGUAGAUCUUCUGUGCUACGUCUGAAAAUAGUGCUUGAAAGCAUUUUUUCAGACACUAUUUGCAAUUAUAGUGUUUUAAACGAGCGGUAAAGACAGAUUCCUUUUUUAUUUUUGAGAGAAAUGUAAAUGAGGACGUUUCGACUUCUCUUGCACCGACAAUAUGUUAGGUAAAAGGACAGACACAUGUGCAAUUAAUGCAACAUUUUAUUGUGGCAGCGUUUCGUUUGACAAAGCUCAUGAAAAGCGAAACAUUGCCACAAAAAAUGUCGCAUUAGUUGUACAUGUCAAGUCACAAUAGUCAAGGAGAAGUCGAAACGUCGUCAUAAGGUUCCUCUGCUAAGCACGAGGUUUCUUGAUGAUUUGUUCCAGCCAAGAUAUUGAAACAUUUUAUUCUUUAUUGUCUCGAUACCAUUGAAUUACACUCAUCAGUGACACCAGAUUUUCUGUAAGUAGAGGAAAACGAAAUUGUUCUGGCCAGACAGAGGCGCUGGUGUUUCGUCACGAGAACCCGGUCAGUUAUUCCUGACGCUGUUUCUCCUUUGAUAAUACGCUCAGAAAUCACGCCCCAAGUUCCUUAAUGACUGGUGGUGAAGCAGUCCCUCUCUAAUCAGUAUUUUUGCAACUGUGGUUAAGGAACCAUUGGCUUACCAUUGAUGUAUAUCUGUGGCUUACUGCUGGCUUACUGCUCCUAUGUACCUAUGGUUAAGGAUUGGCUAUUCUGCUGGUGCUAAGCAGCCAAUCACGUCUGACACACACAGCAGUGUCCCAGGAGAGCAAUGUGAUCUACAAUACCACACCAUUACUGCUGAUGUUGCCAGCAUAUAGAAGGCAACUCAACUUAGUUUAUUCCUGAGGCAGGAGUCUUAUGUGUAUAUAAACAUUUUACUACACUGUUUUGAAAGGUACACAGUAAAGAGGCGGGGCAGGAGCUAUGAAUCAACCCCUGCAACCACAAUUAGGUGAGUACACACACACAGGUACUACACUGAUUUUGCUGCACCCUUGGUUCGUAGGCUUUGCGGUAUAUCGAUUUUUGCCGGACCUAGAAAGGUCAUAUAAUAACAAUACAAUACACCUCUGACCUACCAUGGUCUGCUGGGAACUUAAAUUAAACAAUAACAUAAAUAAAAGAGGCUUAUUUAUUACUGUACUUACAAAGAAUGUUGCAGUUCUGCCAUUACCAAAGUGGUAACCAUUAGCCAUAGCUACGGUUAACUGUUAGUAAAACAUGUUAAGACUCGCAGAGAACCAAGAGAUCCACAACAACAACUGCAGAGUAAAAAUUAUAAGUGAGCACCAGUGUAAACAUUGUGAGCACCAGUGUAAACAUUGUGAGCACCAGUGUAAACAUUGUGAGCACCAGUGCUGUAUAGCCCUUGUGGCUUAGCGCUUCUUUUUUAUUAUAAUAAUAAUGUGAGCACCAGUGCAAACAUUAUAAGUGAGCACCAGUGUAAACAUUGUGAGCACCAGUGUAAACAUUGUGAGCACCAGUGUAAACAUUGUGAGCACCAGUGCUGUAUAGCCCUUGUGGCUUAGCGCUUCUUUUUUUAUUAUAAUAAUAAUGUGAGCACCAGUGCAAACAUUAUAAGUGAGCACCAGUGUAAACAUUGUGAGCACCAGUGUAAACAUUGUGAGCACCAGUGUAAGGAUUAUAAGUGAGUACCAGUGUAAGCAUUAUAAGUGAGCACCAGUGUAAGCAUUGCAAGUGAGCACCAGCGUGAACAUUAUAAAUGAGCACCAGUAUAAACAUUGUAAGUGAGCAUGCAUUGCAUACAACGCCAUCUGUGGCCGCCAGGUAAACCAUUUUGUCAUUUUCACCAGUCUAAAAGAGGCGCCGGAUGAUCCGUAGCUGGUAAAUCGGUAUUGUACCUGC